GAAAAUUCGGUUUCGUAAAGGAGUCUCCCUGGUUCGGGAAGCCCCAAACUCUCCUUCCUGUUCAAUGACGUCACUCCUUAGCCCGUCAGUCAGGCGCUAGACACGCCCAUAGCGCGCUGAAGUGAAAUUACCUGCGGCAGAGCGCUGGGAGAACAGAGUGUGUAAGCGGCGAGCUGUCUCUUCUACAGGGGCGUCUGGAUUUUACAUCGCGCACAUUUCUUUCUUGCGCUGUUUACUUGAUAUUUUGUGACUGUGUUAUUUAUUUUCUGACCUCUGUAGCUCCUGACUGUGUUUAGAUCACACCGUAUUGUUUAACCGAUCUCUUCAAAAUCCGUUUUUUUUUACUGACGAAGAGGCGAUGGUGAUGGCUAGGCGAGCUAGCCCGAGUUUACCGGCAGCAGCGCUACUACUCCUGUUGAUGCAAGCUGUCAGUGGUCAGAGGGUUAAAGUGAUUCCCGAAGUCACAGCCUACCCUGGAGACGAAGUGAGUCUUCGCUGCAGCUUUGUAGAUCCCAAUGGAGAGGUGAAGAAGAGCCAGGUGACUUGGAUCCGUGAUCUUUAUCAUGAGAAGAAGCAGAACAUUGCUGUUUACAACCCCAUGUUUGGUGAGAGUUAUCCUGAGUCGUCUAUAAAGGGGCGUGUCUCCUUCAGGACGUCAUCGUUGGAUGAUCCCACCAUUGUCAUCAACCCUGUGAAGCUGGAGGAUGAAGGCAGCUAUAUCUGUGAAUAUGCCACCUACCCCAGUGGCAAUGAGGAGGGCGUCACCAAACUAUACGUGCUGGCCAAGCCAGUCAACUACGGAGAGGCGAUCCAGGUACAGGAAGGUCCAAAGUUGGUUCCCGUGGCCCGAUGUGUGUCCUCCAGUGGCAAACCUCCAGCUGAGAUCUCCUGGGUAUCUAGUUUUCCAGGCAACAUCACCACUGAAAAUCAAACAAAUCCAAAUGGAACGGUCACAGUAAACAGCACUUUCAGCCUGGUACCCAGUGGUUUGAUCCACGACUAUGUUAUCACUUGUCAAGUCCACCACAAAACGCUUGCCACACCAGAGAAGUUUAAUAUAAAGCUGAAUGUGAAUCACUCUCCUCUUGUGUCCAUCAGUGGCUAUGAUGACAACUGGUAUCUAGGACGAGAAGGGGCCUCCUUGGUCUGUCAAUCCAGAGCCAACCCACCAGCAACGUCUGUAACCUGGAAAGCUGCCAAUGGGAAGAUACCAGACUCUGUUCAGGUGAAUGGUGAAAUUCUCCAGGUUAAGAAGGUAGACCCAUCUGUCAACACCACGUUUAUCUGCGAGGUCACCAACAGCAUGGGCGUCAGUCAGCGGGAGCUCUCUGUCUUUGUCCGAGAGAGUCCGCCAGAGAGACAAGUUGAUAAUGCUGGUGUGGUAGCUGGAGCCGUGAUUGGCAGUCUACUGGCCAUCUUUGUGGUGGGUGGAGUUUUGGCAGCGCUGUUCAUGUGCCGUCGGCGACAGAGGAACUACAGAGAUGAUCAUGGUACCUACGACACGAAAACUAGAGUGUUUGGGGCAAAAAAUAAUGGAACUGGAGUAGGUACACUCAGCUACAAGUACUGUGAGAGCUCCUCUGAAGCGAACACUGAGAAAUCCAGCAACAAUUUUCAUGUACCACCCCUCAACUAUGGUGUCAGUGUUGCUCCAACCGCACAGGACAUCUUGCUUGGCCAAGAGCUGGACGACGUGGAGAAAUCUAAAUUUAGUAUGCUUGAGUAUGAUGAAAACUACGACCGCUUUGACGAGAAUGUGAAUGAGAACCGACCUGUGCUGCAGAUCCAGGACCACGACUGCUAUCUAGAUGAUGACAUGGAGUCUCAAAGGGAUGGUUCGGUCAUUUCUAGGACUGCUGUUUAUGUGUAACCAAGACUGCUUGAUUCUCCCCUUACUGAGGUUGCACAGAAGGGGCCUGGACGGUACCGGUCUGUGAAGCAAAGCAAAAUGGUUGGUCCCUGUAUAUACACGGCCCUGCCUGUAUCCAGUAAUCAGUGAAUCCUUGUAAUUGUGUACAUAGCUUUGGUGAACAUUUUAAAGAACCUGCGGAAGUCUGAGGUGGACUGUGAUGUCAAAGAGCAGGUUCCUGCUGAUGAGGGGGCCUAUCUUUAUGUUUAUGAUCCUCACUUCAGCGUAUCCUCGACCACAGAGUAAACUUCGGGGUGCUUUUCCUUGCAGAUAUCCCUCUUCUUUACUGAGCUCAGUGCAACGCAAGCUGUUUAGUGUUGGUUGUCUUGUGGUCGCUUAUUGUUCUUUACGCCCAGCCUCUGUUUUUUUGAAGUGCUUGUAUAUUCAUCCCGGGUGCCCUUAAGUCCCGUGUGUGUGUGUGUGUGUGUGUGUGUGUGUGAGAUUGUAGCCAGGAUGCACUGGAGUGACUUAUUUUAUUUCUUACCUGGCAACUUUUGAUCCCUUAAGAUAUUUUUGAGGGUUUGGCCUUCAGCGAACUUUGGUCAAGGACAACGCAUACCCUUUAAAGAGGAUUUCUGCCACUUCUUGAACACGUUUGAUUUGUGCUGAUACAGAAGGGACAUAAGGAAUCUGAGCCAAAAAUACCAUAUUCCUGCAUGCCUGCACACUACUGGAUGGGUCAUCCACCUUCUCAUUGCUCACCUGAAUUGUGUGUUAUAUAUAAUUUUUUUUUCGUGUCCCCCAAUCUGUGCAAUACAAGUGAACUUUGACCAUCCUUCUGUGAUUUGUAUCAAUACUCAUCUAGCUUGGACCUCGCCCGCUUUUAACGUCGGUGUCUUCAUAAGAUCAAAUCUGCUGCGCAAGGAAGGACUUCAUGUUUGUGCUCUCAUCCACCUGGUAAAUCCCCAGCCCUCUGUCAUUUGGGCCAGAGAGCCCUCUGAUGGUACUGUGAAUCUGAACGCCUUAACACUGGAGCCCAUUUGUGUACUCGCUGGCAAUGCGUGUGAAUUUACGCAGAAUGCUCAGAUGCCAAGUGCUACAGCUGGCAUCUGCAGUGUUCGGAAUCUCAUUGGAUAAGAAGACAAGUAUAAGGUGUUUUGACUUUUUUUAUUAUCUGAAUAAAGUUUUUAAAUUUUUAAA